AAUUAGGCUCAAAGAUAGAUAUAUCUUUCCACGAAAAUUGUAAAAAUUGAGGUAUCCCCCGAUUCCCAAAAACUUGAUCGCCGAUCGAAAGGCUCACUGACUUGUUUCAACAAUCGAAGACCCAUUUCUCCAUUUUCCUUGAUCUCAUCUGGGUUGGUGUUAUCUGCGAAUGAGGAAUCCACAUAGAAAUGGAAACCUUCGGGAUGGAGGAGAAGCUACGGACGAGAACGGCUUCGGUGAUGGCGUCAUUUUAGGCCUUGAUGGUGGCGCCACCUCAACCGUUUGCGUUUGCGUCCCGUAUUUCACGUUCGGAGGAGAUCGUUUACCGGAGCCUUUUCCGAUCCUCGGUCGUGCCGUCGCGGGCUGUACCAACCGCAACAGCGUUGGAGAAACUGCAGCAAGGGAUUCACUAGAGCAAGUGAUUUCUGAGGCACUUGUACGAUCGGGUUCUGAUAAAUCAGAUGUUCGUGGUGUAUGCUUAGGUGUUUCAGGUGUAAAUCAUCCCUCAGACCAAGAAAAGAUAGAAAGUUGGAUAAGGGACAUGUUCCCUAGUCAUGUCAAAGUAUAUGUUCAGAAUGAUGCUAUAGUGGCGUUAGCUAGUGGAACCAUGGGAAAGCUCCAUGGCUGUGUUCUAAUCGCUGGUACAGGAUGUAUAGCCUAUGGCUUUGAUGAAGAUGGCAAGGAGGCUAGGGCAUCUGGUGGUGGACCAAUCUUAGGCGAUUGGGGAAGUGGCUAUGGAAUUGCUGCACAGGCCUUAACGGCGGUGAUUAGAGCUCAUGAUGGUCGUGGCCCACAAACGCUGCUUACUAGUACCAUCUUAAAAGCACUUGGACUUACCUCUCCCGACGAACUCAUCGGGUGGACUUACGCUGAUCCAUCUUGGGCACGUAUCGCUGCUCUUGUUCCUCAAGUAGUAUUUUGUGCAGAAGCUGGUGAUGAAAUUUCAGAUAAGAUCUUGGUUGAUGCAGCUGAGGAUUUAGCUCUAAGUGUGAAAGCUGUUGUACAAAGACUUGGUUUAUGUGGCGAAGAUGGGACAGCUUCUUUCCCGGUUGUAAUGGUGGGCGGAGUUCUAAACGCUAAACGGAAAUGGGACAUUGGAAAAGAAGUCUCAAAGCGCAUUAACCGAUCCUUUCCCGGGGCUCAAACUAUCAUACCAAAGGUAGAGCCAGCUGUUGGAGCAGCGUUGUUGGCCAUGAACUUCUUAACAAGUUAACAAUAUAACCAGUUGGUCACGUAAAGCAUUAUUAUUUGCAAUCGAUGUUUCUUAAAUCUUCAGACAUGCCAUAGUAGUAUAUUUUUUUUUCCUUACUGUGGUUAUGGUACAUAUGUACAAGUGCAUAAGAAUCUUGUUGUCAAAUUCUAAUUCUAGUUAUUGAUGA